CAUUUGUAGUAAUACCCAGCCCACAAUUGGGAAAAGCCCUUUUGAGUUCUUCUUCCUCCCUAGACUAGAGAAACAAAAACAUAACACAGUACCGUACUAUUGCCAUGCUUUAUUUUUUGAGUUCUAGUUUCAGUCUGUGUUUGGUGCUUGCUUAAAGUUCUUCGAUCGUCUUUUCCCUCAACCCUAAUCUGAUUUCCAUAUUCUAUCUAUUCCAUACAUACAUAUAUUUUGCGCUCAAAAAUCUUCAAAAGUUUCGGUGAUGGGCAAGCCAAGUUCACGGUCAGAUUCGUCGACCAAGGCCGAUCGCAAGUUUGAAAAGAAGCUCGAGUUUUAUUCCAAGGUUAGAGAUACUGUUGCCACCUUGACUGCCAAAAAGACUAUUGCCAAGAAGAAGAAACUUCGAAGCCGUCAGAAGAAGUUGAAACCUUAUGAUCUCUCUUCCCUUACAGAGUUCCUUCCUGAAUUGAAGAAUUGUCAGCAACCGACUCCAGCCGAGUUCAAACUGAACUGUAAAUCUAGGAAAAAGCUAAUAUUGAAGGAAGCAAAGCAAAUGAGUACAGUUCUUAACCAUCCUGCAUUCCAGUUGGAUCCCCUGGCUGCUCUUGCUCAGCACUUGGAGAGCACGCAGCCAGUUAUAGAAGAGAAGCCAAAGAAAAAGAAAAAGAACAAGAAUGGAGGGAGGAAGAAAAAGGAUAAGAAAUCUAAGUCUUCAACCGGACCUGAAUCUGUGGAUAUGUUACUUGACAAGUGAUAUAGCUUCUGACCACUUUGCAGUGCCAGCAUUGUUCAUAUGAGUCAAUACAAAUUAUUGAUUAGUUUUGCUAUUUCUAACUAGUGUUGUUAGACCUAUUUACUUUACAUCAUUCUAUAUUCUUAAAGCCUUUUUUGAUGAAA